UAAACCCCACUAUCUCAAUGAAAAUGCAUAAAUUGAAUCCUUCGGUUGUGUUUGUUGGUUGCUUUCCUCAUGCAUUGCGUCCCAUACCAUAUAAGAAGAAGAAAAAAGACACAAAUUGGUGCCUCAACUCAAUCACUUCAGCUCUCCUCUGUCGGCCAAUUCCAUACCCCAUUUUCAUUUUUACUCCAACCCCAUCAUUAUCUACAAGAAUCUAACUCCUACAAAUAUUCUACAACACUCUCUGAUCUCUCAGUUCCAUAUCAAAAAACAUGUCCUCCCUCUGCUUCUGGUGCUCUGCGGCCGCGGCCACGGCCACCGCUGUUGCUCUCUGGAUCGUUGUCGUUUUCCAUUUUUUGUUGAAGAAUAAGUCGCCGUCUUCGCGGAUUUCUCCUGCUGGUACUCCUCCUGGAAGCAGAGGAUUGCCUUUCAUUGGAGAGACGCUGCAGUUCAUGGCUGCCGUUAACUGUAGCAGCGGCGUUUAUGAUUUCGUCAGAAUCCGCUGCCUCCGGUAUGGAGGAUGUUUUAAGACUCGAAUAUUUGGGGAAACACAUGUGUUUGUAUCAAGCACAGAAUGGGCGAAGCUUAUACUGAACGAUGGAGGAGGAAGGUUCACUAAAAAGUACAUAAAGUCCAUUGCUGAGUUAGUCGGCCAUCAAAGUUUGCUCUGUGCUCCACAUUUACACCACAAAUUCUUACGAAGUCGUCUCAUCAAUCUCUUCUCUUCUUGCUUUUUGGCCUCUUUCGUUCCUCAAUUCGAUCGACAAAUUGUCGAGACGUUUCAAAGAUGGGAGAGUGGUUCCACCAUUUUCGUCCUCACCGAAGCCCUCAAGGAGAUAACAUGCAAAGCGAUGUGUAAGAUGUUAAUAAGCUUAGAGGAGGAAAACGAAGUAGAGACGAUACAAAAAGAUGUUGCAUAUAUUUGUGCAGCUAUGCUCGCAUUCCCAUGGCGAUUUCCAUGGACAAGAUUCGACACAGGUCUUAAGGCAAGACGAAGAAUCAUAAAGAAACUCAAAAGCAUAAUUCAGGAGAGACGAGAAUUAGAGCUCCAAUAUGAAGAUUUCCUACAACAAUUGCUGAUGGAAGAGGACAAUGAAAGACCACUAUCAGAUAUGGAGAUUGGAGAUAAUAUAUUGACGAUGUUGAUUGCUGGACAAGAUACAACAGCGAGUGCUAUCACUUGGAUAGUGAAAUUCUUAGAUGAGAACCAAGACGUGCUUCAAAAUCUAAAGGAAGAACAAUUUAAAAUAUUGGAGAAACAACGAGAAGAGAAUCGAAAUUUCCUUACAUCGGAAGAUCUUGCCAACAUGUCCUAUGCUGCCAAGAUAGUAAAAGAAUCCUUGAGGUUAGCAUCUAUUGUUCCAUGGUUGCCGAGGCUAAUCCUUCACGACACUGAAAUUCAAGAUUACAAAAUCAAGAAAGGUUGGAAUGUUAACAUUGAUGUGAGAUCACUGCACUCAGAUCCUUCUAUUUACAAAGAUCCAAUUAAGUUUGAUCCAUCCAGGUUUGAUGAAGAAACAAAGGCAUUUGGCUUUCUAGCCUUUGGGAUGGGAGGGAGGCAGUGCCUAGGUAUGAACCUAGCCAAAGCCAUGAUGCUCGUCUUUCUUCACCGCUUGGUUACUUCUUUCAGAUGGAAAGUAAUGGACUGCGACUCCAGCAUUGAAAAGUGGGCGCUUUUCACCAAAUUAAAGAGCGGUUGUCCAAUUCUCAUCACGCCUAUUCAAUCUUAAACUAUGUACUAUCGUAACACUAUCAAAUAAUUAAGUUUUUUUUUUUUCUCUUUUAUCUUUUGUAUAUAAAAUAAUUAAAAAUUAAAUUCUAAAACAGAACUUAAUUUAGUAUUCAGCUUUGAUUUGAUGGUG